AGAAAGAACCCUCAAGCAUGGCUUGAUUUCAUGAUGAAGUUUGAGCUGGGAUUGGAGAAGCCAGAUCCAAUGAGAGCAUUGCACAGUGCAAUGACAAUUGCCGCUGCUUACAUAGUUGGUGGGCUUGUUCCUCUUGCUCCUUACAUGUUCAUUCCAAGGGCUUCAGAGGCCCUUCUGUUCUCAGUCGUAGUUACCUUAGCUGCAUUGCUGAUUUUUGGAUAUGCCAAGGGUUACUUCACUGGUAAUAACCAUUCAGGAGUGCUUUUGAAACAGCUUCAUCGGUGCAAUCGCCUCUGCAGCAGCUUUUGGUAUGGCAAAGGCUUUCAUCCAUAGAUAUUUGUUUGAAUAAUUUUAAAUAUGAGUUUAAAUUUCAU